AGCGCCUCUUUUUUGAACUCCAAUUUCAAGUUAUAUAAAGAGCAUCAAAUAUCGCUUCGUAGUUCGUUUUCUUUUUCUUUUUUACAGAGCAAUCUAUUCUCUUUUUACAACAUGACUCAGGACCAAGAAUACCAAGAUUUCCUUAACGAAGUCGAAGAAGUGAAGAAGUGGUGGGCUUCUCCUCGUUUCGCUCACGUCAAGCGUCCCUACACUGCCGAGUCUGUUGUCUCCAAGCGUGGUACCUUCAAGCAGACCUACGCUUCGUCUGCCCAGGCCAAGAAGAUGUGGGACCUCAUCACCAAGAACAAGGCUACUGGUGAGACCACCUGGACCUUUGGUGCCCUUGAUCCCGUCCAGAUCACCCAGAUGGCUCCCCACCUCGAGACCGUCUACGUCUCUGGCUGGCAGUGCUCUUCCACUGCUUCCACCAGCAACGAACCCGGCCCAGAUCUUGCUGAUUACCCCAUGGACACUGUCCCCAACAAGGUCCAGCACCUCUUCUACGCUCAGUUGUUCCAUGACCGCAAGCAGCGCAAUGCCCGUUUGGCCAUGACCCCCGAGGAGCGUGCCAACACCCCCAAGAUCGAUUAUCUCCGUCCCAUCAUUGCUGAUGGUGACACCGGUCACGGUGGUAUCACUGCCGUCAUGAAGCUCGCCAAGAUGUUCGUCGAACGCGGUGCUGCCGGUAUGCACAUUGAGGAUCAGUCUCCCAGCACCAAGAAGUGCGGUCACAUGGCUGGUAAGGUCCUUGUCCCCAUCCAGGAACACAUCAACCGUCUUAUUGCCAUCCGUGUCCAAUACGAUAUCAUGGGUGUUGAGAACUUGAUCGUUGCCCGUUCCGAUGCCGAAGCUGCUACUUUGCUUACCUCCAACAUUGAUGUCCGUGACCACGAAUUCAUUGUCGGUUGCACCAACCCUGCCCUCGAACCCUUGGCUCAGGUCAUGACCGCCGCCGAAGCUGCUGGCAAGUAUGGUGCCGAGCUCCAGGCUGUUGAAGAUGAAUGGAUCGCUCAGGCUGGUCUUAAGCGUUUCGGUACUGCUAUUGCCGAAGAGCUCCAGAAGCAGGGUAAGGCUAAGGAAGCCGAAGAAUUCUUGGGCAAGAUCCACUACAAGUCCAACAAGGAAGCCCGUGAAAUUGCCAAGGAAUACGGUGUCGAAAUCUUCUGGGACUGGGAUCUUCCCCGUGUCCGUGAAGGUCUCUACCGCUAUGAAGGUGGUACCGAAGCUGCCACUUCCCGUGCCAUUGCCUUCGCUCCCUACGCUGAUAUGUUGUGGAUGGAAACCAAGAAGCCCAUUCUUUCGCAGGCCGAAAAGUUCUCCAAGGGUGUCUUGUCCGCUUCGCCCAACUCUUUGUUGUGCUACAACUUGUCUCCCUCCUUCAACUGGGAUGCUGCUGGUAUGACCGACGACGACAUGAAGGUCUUCAUCAAGGAACUUGGUAAGCUCGGCUUCGUCUGGCAAUUCAUUACCUUGGGUGGUCUCCACGCCAACGCUUUGGCCACUGCCACUUUCGCCAAGUCCUACAAGGAAGAGGGUAUGUACGGUUACGUCUCCAAGAUCCAGCGCCAGGAACGUGAACACGGUGUCGAUGUCCUUCAGCACCAGAAGUGGUCCGGUGCCACCUACGUUGAUGAAGUCAUCAAGGUUGUCACUGGUGGUGUUGCCGCCACUGCUGCCAUGGGCAAGGGUGUCACUGAAGAUCAAUUCGGCAAGAAAUAAGCGCUUUGAACCGCUCUUGCAACCCCUUUAUUCCAUGUUUAUUUCUCAAAACUGUAUAGUAUAAAAAUAUGAGGGAACAUUUUACAUUAGAUCGUUCUCAAUUAUUGUCAAAAAAUUGCUUUUCUUUUCCCUGUUAUCCUUUUCAAUAAAAUCAAAAGGUCAAAACAAAUAGUUGCAA